AUGAGUGGUUGGUUGCUAAUUUAUGUGGUAGUGAAUGACUGCAGUAGUUGUGGGGAAUGGAUUGUGAAGAUCCGGUUGCCGCGAUCACGUCAGGGCAACGUUGGAGCGCCGCCCGCCGCCUGGACAGGGGCGCCCGCGGCGGCGCACAAGAAAGCGCUAGGCGCUUGGAGACGCCUUGGCGAGCCUCCCGGCGGGGCGUGGAUCCGGCAGCGGCGGCGCUUGGCCGCCAACGCCCGCGAAAGGAGGCGCAUGCUGGUGCUCAACGUGGCCUUCGACCGUCUGCGGAGCGUCGUGCCCGCGCUGCGAGGCGAGCAGAAGCUCUCCAAGGCGGAGACCUUGCAGAUGGCCAAGAUCUACAUCUCCAUGCUGAGCGAGCUGGUGCAGGAGGUCGCCGCCGGCGCGCCGGGGAGAGAAGUGGCAACCCAGGCUCCUGCGACGCCACCCGGAAGCGACGGGAACCGAUCGCCUCCCGCUGCCUUCCCAGGAUCACCAAACUGAUCCUGCGUAGCAGGGACCUGCUGCGGCGGAGCGGAUCCCUGCCCCACAACCCUUUGCAAAAACUGCUCUCGCAAGGAGAGGGGCUUAUGCCUAGACAAGCGCGCAGGACUUCGGCUGCAGCCUUCUCCGGCCGGUCAAAAACCCCUGAUCUGCAUCAGUGUGCAAACAUAAGAGGGUUGUUUUUGUUUUUUGGAAGGGGGGGGGCAAAAAAAAUGAAAGUUUGACUUGAAAAGGAGGGGGUUGCUUUCUGGAUAGACAAGACACGCUCGUUCGGGGAGCGACUCCUCUCUCUCUUCCGUGUUUAUAUUAUGUGCAUGGGCGGCGUUGUACAAAUAGGAUUAAGCUUGGGGUAGUAAAAGCACUAGGGAGGGAGCCCCACUGGAGAGUGGAUCGUACUGCGUUAGGAUUGCGCUGCUAAAGUGCGAUUCUAUCAACCCGUUAGAUUUGUAGUCCAGUCCAGAUCCUAGUUUGCUGGAAGGGAUCCCCAUUGACUUCACCAGGACUUCCUUCCGAGUAGACACUGUUGGGCUUCCAUUGCUACUUAAGGGUGAGCCCCAUUUAAUUAAAUUGGACUUCUCAGUAGAUAUGUACAGGGACGCUUGCACCUGGGCAUUAGAAGCAUUGUCUUAAGAACACCCAGGGAGCAUCUUCCUUACCUUAGCCUGUAAAGCAAGAUGACAGUGAAGUCACUGGGUGGGUCUCAGCCUUAAGCCAGUGACAAAAUGUUCACUUUGUUUGCAAUGUAAUUAAAGGUUUGUAAUGAUGGCAAGCUGCUGGUGCAUGUCUGCUUCAGGGGGAAAGGCAGAAGCUGUACAAACCCUGUAUGUUUUACUAAGAGCCUUAAAGCAGCAUGAGUAACAGUAGGAUCCUGCACAUGUCCACUCAGAAGUCCCCUUGAAUUCAAUGGGGCUUACUCCCAGGUAUGUGUGCAUAGGAUUGCAGCCUUUCUUAACCAUGAAGUUGCAAAGACAUCUGUCUCCUUCUAUCACUUGCACAGUGGUGUCCAAGAUUUGAUGAAGUGAAGGGCCGACCAAAGUUGAGAUUUUUUUAGGGUUGAAGUUGUUGAAGGUGGGGUUGUUGAAGGUGGGUUUCAAAAAUAGUGGGUUUCCCCCAGAAUGCACAACCUUCUCUUCCAGCCUUCACUGUAAUCUCUUCCCGGUUAAUUAGCUUAAGCAUCCUCAUCACACAAUGCACAAUUAGCUUAUCACAAGAGACAGGGAAAGGGGGUUGGACUAGAUGACCCUUAGGGUCCCUUCCAGCUCUAUAAUUCUGUGAUUCAAAUGGCCUACCUUUGAUGGCCAGAAAGGUCAAGACAAAUUUAAGGAUAGCUCUAUCACAAGGGUGGGGAGCCUGUAGGCGUUCCAGAUAUUGCACAUUUGCCAACAAUUGGCUACGCUCUUUGGGGUUAAUGGACAUUUGAGUCCAACCACACCAGGUUCCCCAUUGCUGGCCUUGUUAACAGCUGUCACUGGUGUUGGAGAACUUACAUACAGGCUGUAUAACUGACAUGCAGAUGUGAGAAAGCGGACAAAAGGGCAUGUUGCUGGCAUGCCCUGCAUAAAAGCUUCCUAGGCCCAAACUAGGCCAGUCUUAUACACACCUACCAGGGAGUGAAUUUCUGAGAUGGAGAUCGUGAUGGCAUUUUAAAAGCCUCUUAUAAACACAUCUUUACUUAAGCUUUUCUUAACUCUUGACCCUUGUACACCACUCAGUUUUGGGACAAUACAGCUGCAUUUUCUCUUUAUGUCUCUGACACACACUUUACCCCUCAAAUAAUCCUGUAGUUUAAGGGAUGCUGGGAAUUGUAACUGUGAGGGGUAAACUACAGUGCCUGAAUGUGAGGUGCCUGAAAUAAUGUGUUUCAAAUGUGCUGUAAAGGUACACUGUUUAUAUACCGCCAUUGGAAGGAAAUUGCAUUGAAUAUUGUUUUAUUUUUAUUAUUAAACCCCUUCAAAGAGAUUAUUAUAUUAUGCAGACUAUGUUUUAUAUAAACAUAGACGCAAUGGAGUUUACUCCAUGCCAAACAUGUAUAGGCUAGUGCUGUUAGUUACUGCUUUUAGAAACAAAACAAAAUUAAAUGGAUCUCUGACUCAGGCAACGUGUUCUUAUGUUGUUAAAUGUGAUCAUGAGCAUCAUUAGCUCAACGUUCUUCCGUUUGUCAGCAAAACACAGUGUUUUCGUGGCAUGUCCUGGGUGCAAUUACACAAAUUGUAUUUUUAAAAGAUUAAAUCCGGAUUACUGUUUUGAGUAUAUGGAGUAGAGUGGAGGAAACCUGCCAAUGCUUACUGUU